AUGUCACGAGCUCGGAAAACGAAAAACCCCAAGCGGCGCAGAAGAAAGCGCAAAAAACGUCUUCUCCGAGAAUACUGCGCUCGUAUCGACCAGCAGGCUGCCCAGACCGGUGGCGCUGAGCAAGAUGGCGCGGAACCAUCCACCACUGCUCUGCCCUCGGACAAAGACGCACCCGGCCCAAAGACCGCAUCGACAGCCGAUCAGAAGACGUCUUCCUCGGAGUCUAAGCAGCGGUUCAAGCCCCGCAAAGUCCCCGACCGCGACUACUAUCCUCGCCCUGGCAAGAUGGAGCGCCAGUAUCUGGGCUUCCAGCGCCGCGUCACAGCCCUCAUUGAUGAGAAGAUUGCGAAGGGGUCCGCUACCCUCGACAAGUGGAAGCGGGAUGCCGGUGCCUUCAUGGAAGAGUUCCAGCGCAAGGAGAAGAUACAGCGGGAAGAAUUGGAACUUGACCUGGGCCGCAUGCGAGUAAACCACAGAGAGAUGCUUGACAUGCAGGCAAGACAGAUCGGCCGUCUGAAGAAGAAGUUUGAGGAGAUCAAUGGAUAG